AUGGCAUGGGUCUACGCCUUGGCAUCUGGUCUUCAGUGGCUGUCAGAGGAAUUCAGUUUAUGCGCGCCUCUUAAGAACAGGAACGAUGCGGUGGGCUUCAAGAACUGGCUUCAGGAGACCUGGGUGAAUCUGGCUAUGGUGGACUAUCCCUACGAGGCAAACUUUCUGCAGCCUCUUCCUCCUUGGCCGAUCGAGGUGGUCUGCAAGCAUCUUGCUUUGGAUCCCUCUGUGUCCGACUUCCAGCUGCUGCACGGUGUCUCGGAGGCAGCAAAGGUCUACUACAACUACACCGGAAGCUCCUCCUGUCUCAACACGUCUCAGACAGCGACCGGCAGCCUGGGCCUCCUCGGCUGGUUUUACCAGGCCUGCACAGAGAUGGUAAUGCCCAUGUGCACAGAUGGCGUCCAGGAUAUGUUUGAACCCGAGGAGUGGAACUUCCAGGCCUUUUCUGAUGAGUGCUACGCCAUGUUUGGUGUCAGGCCGCGAGCUGACUGGGCAGGCACAGUCUAUGGGGCGAAGGACAUCGCCUCCCACAGCAACAUCAUCUUCAGUAACGGAGGACUGGACCCGUGGUCUUCUGGCGGAGUGACCCACAACAUCACAGAUUCUCUGGUGUCCAUAAUGAUUCCUGACGGCGCCCAUCACUUGGACCUCCGCUACAGCAACGCCCAGGACACAGCUCCAGUCCGCCAUGCCCGGGCGUUAGAGGUGAAGUAUUUCCGAGAGUGGAUAAGCCAGGCCAAACUGCGUCCCCCCCCCAGACCCUGAAAGCAGCACAAUGUCCCCCUACCAGGAUUACCUAGCUUUAAUUGAUCUGACAUGGUAUUCAACAGGGUGACCUCUGGAUCAUUAUGCCAAGUUGUGUGCCUUUUUUAAUUAAUGUGGGGGAAGAUUUUUUUCACUUUGAAAGAUGACCUUUUUAUAAAUUAAAAAAAAUCAACAACCCUUUUUAAUUUUAAUAACCAUGUCAUUAAUCAAAUGGUGGUGUUUUAGAAUCUUAAUCAUUUUCUUUGUCCGAUAGAAGCACACUCCAUUUCUUUAUGCCAAACUUUUAAAUGUCAAAGGGCUACAGGGGUAUGAGAGAAAAACGAGAUAUGCUUAUGAUAACAGUGCUGUCUAAAUGUCUUCCUUUGUUCAAUCAUGUAAUCACAUUAUCAUCAUGAAAAGACUGGAUCAUCCUCGCCUUGUUCUUUUUCUACCCUGUAAAAUUUGCCAAAAACCCAUUAUGGCCUCUCUGCCUCCAAGCUAGUGUUUUCCUGUUGUCAGUGUAAUAAUCACAGAUACACUCAGUUAUUCAAAUCUUGUAUUCAAUUUUUGUCAGCAACUAAGGGAUUUGUUGUUCUUGUUGUUGAGACUCAGAUCUAUUUGUUCUUUCAAAUGAGUGUACAGUCUGAUGUUAGUUCUUGACAUUUCUAAGACUUCUCAGGAGAAUAGUUUGGCACCAAAUAGAAAGAAAAUCAUUCUGUUUGUUUUAAACAUACUCUGCACAAAGUCUGCUAUUAAAUUUGAUAUGUUAUUGUUCACAGAACAGUGUCCUCCUGGCCUUUUUAAGAUGUCUAUUUAUGUCUUAUACUAGCUUUAUCUAAAAUGCUGUCGUUCCAAAGAAGUCUUCCAUACUAACUGAUUAAAAACCUGCUUAUGAUA